AUGCUAUCCCGCUUGCCUCCUGAGAUCGUCUAUUCUAUUGCAACCUAUAUACACUGUGCCAACGACUUGGUGCAUGUGUCUCAGACCUGUAGGCGGUUGCAUGAAGUCCUAUCUGCCGAGAAUUGGCGUAUCUUCCGAAUUUUCAUCCAAAAUCAGUUCCCUGGCUUUGUGCCGCCUUCGUCGCGGGAUAUUCCAUUUUGGAAAGAUGCCGCCCAGGCUCUGACUUCUCGCUCCCGGGCCUUGGACAGACAUUCCAUAAUCAGUCGGUUUGUCGUAAGGCCCCUGAGACGCGAUGAAGAAACGGACCUCAUAACUCGGACUGACAAUCCCACCCUUGGCUAUCGCCCUGCGAUCGACUCAUACGAGUUCUGGAAUGGCAAUACGUGGGCCGACCGUAAGGAGGUGCUUGCCUGGGGCGCCGGACAUGAGAUUGUCAUGCGUAUCAGGCAGUAUGGAGAAGGCCAAGAUCUGAACUGGAUCAUGUUUAAUGACUUGGAUACCGUCAACAGCCAUGAUGACAUUUGUGGCCUCCAUCUUCUGAAGCCCGGGCACUACCUCAAAGGAGAGGAGAACGAACAUUUGAUUUUUGGCCGCAUGCGCGGCGAGCUUCUCCAUCUUGCAAUCAACCCUCGCGAGGACAGACAUGACUACGUGCAGCGAUUCAAGACUUCUAGCUCUGGCCUCGAUCAUAUUGAUCUGAGUGAAGGUUCAGAUCCAAUUCUGGCUGCACAUAACCAAGAUGGAACAAUCUCAUUUUACAACACUACAAAAGAAGAAGCUGAGGUUCAACAAUUCGGCCGUAUUACAAUUGAAUCAAGGCUCGCAGCGCGUAACAAGUGCUCCAAGUUUCUGUCUCCGAACCUGUUUGCCCUCGGCACAGGGCAUAAUGAGAACGCUCUCGCUAUCUCCUCCAUAUCUUCAGAACGCUUAGCGCUGGAACGUGAAUUCAACGUGCGUUCUUUGAAUCUCGACGAUCGGGUUGGCCUUACUUCUAGAACUACCAUUAGUGCAAUAGCUCCGCUAUGUGGGCAGAUCUCCAGAGAGUCCGCCGGUAAUGUGUUUCUUGCCGCAUGGGGCGAUCUUCGAAUUAGACUUCAUGAUGUUCGCUCAAAUCGGGGAUACGAAUAUACCUACGAAGACCCGUGUGAUCAAAACCAGAUAUACUGUCUCCUCCCCUUCGGCCAUGACAGGUUCCUCGCAGGAGCUGGCGGAGAUGCCGUGGUGAAGAUCUUCGACCUGCGCAUGCCCAAAACCUACAGUUACACCGACGCCAGAGUCUCUUCUGUCUACCAGCAUAACGAACCCCGUCCACGUCCACGAGUAGCAGAAAGACAGUCCCCCCUAACAAACAGCAUCAGCUAUCCCCGCAAAGACCUCAACAUAUUCCUGUUCUACUCGCCGCCAUUGUACAUAAACCCCAUGCGGAGGCGCUUCCGUGCUUCCAGUCCCUACCGCGGUGCCAUCUACUCUCUGUCCUCGCCAUCGCCCCUGUCUCCAACCGUAUACGCCGGAGUCACUGAUGGUAUCGUUCGACUGGACUUUGCGUCAACUGAUGACCUGACCGGCCCGGGCAUGCAUUGGUACCGAGACCCUCUGGACCUGAGCAUGGAAACCCUCCAGGGAGAAACCACUUCUGAUCACGAGAGGGUUCUGGAGUUGUCUGGGUAUGAGCGGCCGGAGCCUGGUGAUACGACUACUACGUCUAAGUUGAGGUCGCAGCAGCGAUACGCAUGCGUUGGGCCCGAAGAUGUCCGGAAUGAAUUGUUGACUGGUUGGGACCGGAGGUGGAAACCACUUGAGAGAUCUGCUGCUUGGAGACGUCAGGAUUGAUUGGAUGGUUGGUUUGAUUGUUCCUGUGAUCGCUACGGGUUGUUUGCUUGGUUUGAGUAUGGUGAGGGAGCAAGAACAUUGGUUUUGUGGCGCCGCUGGUCUGAUGCUAGAUUGGGUGUUCUCCGGUAAGUACUACGGAGUAUGGAGGUUUGUAAUAUGUACUGGACGAAAUGAGACAUUCCGGUUGAAUCGUGGGUUUAGCUUUUAUGGGGCUGUGUCAGAGUCAGCUAGGGGGGAUGGUAUUUAUGUAUCUU